AUGGCUGCCGGAAGGUUACUGCUCUAUACGGGCCUUUCGCUAGCGCUCUGCGCCCUCGGCAUGCUGGCCGUGGCCAUCUGCUCAGACCACUGGUACGAGACGGACGCCAGGAAGCACAGGGACAGGUGCAAGGCCUUCAACACCCGCCGGGUCGACCCCGGCUUCAUUUACAACAACAACAACAACUUGCCGCUCCGGGCGAGCCGCUCGCGCCUGGACCGCUGGGAGGGCAAACUCCUCCGGGCCCGGAACCGCCGGCAGCUCUUCGCCAUGAGCCCGGUGGACGAGUGCAGCCGGCAGUACAACUCCACCAACAUGGGUCUCUGGAGGAAGUGCCACCGGCAGGGCUUCGACCCCGAGAUCGCAGCCCUUAUUCGGAAAGGAGAAAUUGAACGAUGCACGUACAUCAAAUACCACUACUCCUCAGCCACCAUCCCCAGGAACCUCACUUUCAACAUCACGAAGACCAUCCGUCAGGACGAGUGGCACGCCCUUCAUCUGCGCAGGAUGACAGCCGGCUUCAUGGGCAUGGCGGUGGCCAUCAUCCUCUUCGGCUGGAUCAUCGGCGUGCUGGGCUGCUGCUGGGACCGGGGCCUUAUGCAGUAUGUGGCAGGGCUUCUCUUCCUCAUGGGAGGAACCUUCUGCAUCAUUUCACUGUGCACCUGUGUGGCUGGAAUCAACUUCGAGCUGUCACGCUACCCGCGCUACCUGUAUGGACUCCCUGAUGACAUCAGCCACGGCUACGGAUGGUCCAUGUUCUGUGCGUGGGGGGGCCUGGGCCUCACACUCAUCUCGGGGUUCUUCUGUACCUUGGCCCCUUCUGUCCAACCUGUCCCGAGGACCAACUGCCCUAAAUCCAGACCCGAGAACGGGACAGUGUGCUAA